AUGAGUCUAUCUCCCUUUGAGAAUGCUGACUUCAAAUUGACCAGUGUUCCAGACCCUAAUUGGCAACCGGGGUCUGGUGCAACAAAUAACGAAUGGGCUAAAUAUAAGAAGGUCGAGCUGGAUCCGUAUGCUGAAGGCCGUCUGCCUUUUGAAAAUUAUAAACUUCUUGUGAGCGCCAUCACGCCUCGUCCAAUCGGAUUCAUAUCAACGGUUGGUAAGGAUGGCACAAGAAACCUGUCUCCUUUCUCGUAUUUCAAUGUUAUGAACCACGAUCCGCCUGUUUUCACAAUUGGCAUAUCGGGCGCUACAGGAAAUCUUAAAGAUACUUGCAAAAAUCUGCAAGACACACAAGAAUGUACCAUCAAUCUGAUCAGCGAGUGGUUUAUCGAGGCGGCCAAUUACACAUGUAUAAAUGCGCCUUAUGAUGUUGAUGAGUGGAAGUUAGCAGGUCUUACUCCAGCCAAAUCUUCCAAAGUCAAACCGCCUCAUGUUGCCGAAAGCGCUUUUUCCAUCGAAGGUAAACUGAUACAUACACACCAUUUUAAAUCAAAACGAGACCCCUCCAAAGGCUCUGGAACAACCCUCUUGGUGGAAGGAGUCAAUUUCCAUAUCCGUGAAGAUAUUGCGGAUGAGAAAUUUACUACGGUGGACAUCAAUAAAUUGAAGCCAGUUGCUCGUCUCGGAGGAAAUGUGUAUACUCGGGUUCUGCAAGGAUUUGACAUACCAAGGCCGGACUUCAAGUCAGAAAUUUCAGAGCACCCAGAAGUUUCCAAAUUGCUUUGA